CCCCACUUCUGUACGGAUACACUACACAGGUCGCAAUGGGCGGUGGCUCAUGGCUAACCUCGAGGCUCAAGCUAACCAAAACACCUGCGCAGCAGAAUGUGGCCAGAUUAUCUGCUGCGAUGGCGGCGGAAAAUGCCGGGAGGAAGCGAGGUUAUCUUCCUCAUCUGCCACACGCUGGCAGGGUUGAUGUGGCGGCGUCGCUACCGAGAUCUCGCACGCCGAGUAAGCGGCGGGGUCCGCGGGGAAGGGCCUUCGCCCCUGUGUCGUCUACCGAAACCGCGGUCCUCCCUUCCACCACUUUCCACCGGCAAUCCUCACAGGUGCGGCACCGGCUGGGUUGACGAAUACCACAGUAUCAUUACUGGAUGAAGUGUCAACGUCAAACUGAUAAUAAUCCGACCCGGCGUAGGGGGUAUUGUAU